GUCUCGUGCCGUUUGGAAGUGUUCCAGGUUUUUAUGAUCUGUCCAAAUCUCGAAGGGGUGUCGUGCGCCUUCGAGGUAGUGAUUCCAAUGUUCCAACGCUUUGAUUAUAGCCAAGAGUUCCCGGUCGUGAACGUCGUAAUUCCGCUCUGCUGGUGA